AAAUCAUUCUUCCGAUCAUAUUCCAUAAUAAAUAAAGGGUUUAGGAACCUAAUUCAUCUAAGUUCAAUAACGCUAGAGUUGUUAAAACUGAAGUUCGGAACUGUAACGCUUUGUGGCGCGCGCGAAUCUAGUAGCGCGACGGGCGGCGCCAGCGUGGCGGGUAGCACGGCGCCCUUCGUUCGGCCCACACCCCGCCCCGCCCGCGCCGCCCGCGCCAUUCGCGUGGUAUUUGUCUUCCAAAUCGGACGCAUUUGCACACUACUACCAUAAAAAAGCUUUUAGGAGUUGAAGUGAAGCAAGCGAACAAACAGGACGUUCAUUUGGAAUAAUGAAGAGAAGUGGUCCAAGCGGAUCCCAGAAAAGGAAGAUAAAGAAGGCAAGGGCUAAGGAGGCCGAAUUACUGUCUGGAUUGCUGUUGAAAUAUGUUAAUGAAAAGAAAAGCUCUAACGAAAAUGAAGAUAGUAACAUCGAGGUGUCAAGUUGUCACGAAGAAACCCAAUUAGCAGAAACAGAAAGACAUAAAGAAAAGGACAAAGCACCAGAAGUAGAUCUACAGAGUAAGAAAAAGUUGACAACAACUAUAGAUGCAUCUCAACUAGGGGAUAGUAGCGAAGACAUAAAUUGCAUCAAAAACCUAUGUCUUAUUGAGAGAGAAGGAGAAACGAGCCCUCGCCCAGAACCAAAAGAAGGAACCAGUUUUGAUUAUGAGCUUUUGGAUUCCAAUGAUGCUGCAAACUGGCCAAUGCCCUUACCAGAUCACAUUCGACUUGAGAUUAUUAAGAAGGGUAGUGAGACAUUCCAACAUAAAGAUGGUCCAUUUAUUUCUAUUGUCAGACAGGGCGAACAUGCUAAAGGACCACAACGUAGCUUGACAACGUCAUGGUUUUACUCAACUGUGGGAGACGGAAAAAAAUAUCUUCGAAAAUGGAUGAUUUACUCUACAUCGACUAAUAUGCUAUAUUGCUUUUGCUGUCGGCUUUUUGCAUCCAUGGAUGAUCUGAGUAAACCAUUUAUUUCUGGAUAUCAAAAAUGGUGGAAAUUAAACCCAAAUAUUUCACUUUACGAGUCAUCUCAUCAACAUGUAUCCAAUUUGGAAAAAUGGAAAACUCUUGCAGUUGGGUUGAAAAAAAAUGAAACUAUUGAUAAAGUAAAUGAAGACACUAUAAAUCGCGAGGCAAAAAAAUGGCGGAACAUACUACAUCGACUUUUGGAUAUAACAUUAUUUUUGGCUCAGCAGAAUCUUGCUUUUAGAGGCCAUAGAGAAGAUCCUUCAUCGGAAAACAGAGGUAAUUUCAUAGAAUUAGUGAAAGUGAUGGCAAAAUACGAUCCUGUAUUAAGUGAGCACUGGUCAAAACUUCAGAAAGCUGCUGGUGGAUCGCAAAGAGUACCUUCUUAUUUAUCAAAAGGUAUCCAGAAUGAAUUCCUUUCUAUUUUAAGUCAUCAUGUAAAACAGAAAAUUAUUGAUGAUAUUAAAAAAUCUAAAUAUUUUGGAAUCAUGUUUGACAGUACUCCAGACGAGAGUCAUACCGACCAAAUGAGUGAAAUAAUAAGAUAUGUCCAUGUAGAGGAAGGAGCUGUGGAAGUUCGGGAGUCCUUCUUAGGCUUCUUUUCUAUGUCAGGAAAGACGGCAAAUGAUAUGGCAAAUGAUAUCCUAAAACAGCUAGAAAAGGAUGGGUUAGAUAUUCAACUUUGUAGAGCUCAGGGCUACGAUAAUGCCGCCUCAAUGUCUGGUGUUCAUGGAGGAGUUCAAAAGAUAAUUCGAGAUAUUAACCCUAAAGCUUUAUUUAGCCCUUGUGCAAAUCACUCAUUAAAUCUUUGUGGUGUACAUUCCUUUGCAUGCAUUCCUUCAAGUGUAACCUGUUUCGGCACCUUAGAAAAAAUAUAUUCAUUCUUUUCCGCUUCGACCCACAGAUGGGAAAUACUAAUGCAAAAGGUUGGGAAAACUUUGAAAAGACUGUGUGAUACACGCCGGAGUGCUCAUCAUGAUUCCGUUAAAGCUGUCAGACAAAAUGUAGAACAACUGGUCCACACAUUGGAAGAAAUGUGUGAUCCUUCGAAAGAGAAUUUGGAUACUAGGUCUGCAGCAAGCGUACUACUUCCUGCAAUAUGUGACUUUACAUUCUUAUGCUACUUGGAGUUCUGGAAUAUGAUUUUGGAAGAAGUAAAUCUCACCCAAAAAUAUUUACAAACACCUGAAAUCACACUUGACAUGGGUUUAAUAAAAAUGAAGGCACUGCAAUUGUUUCUGGUCGAGGAAAGAAAUACGCUCGUCACUAAUGCUAUACAAUUUGGAACGCACAAAUGUACAGAAAUGGGCAUAGAUAUUGAGAGACGGGGCCGACGAAAAGUAAAAAAGAAUCUACCCGGAGAAACAUCAUCCGAUGCCAGAUUGACUUUGCAAGAAGAAGUUCGCAGAUCUAUGUUCGAGUGCUUAUAUAGAUAGAUUUAGUCAAGAAUUAGCUACAAGAUUCACUGCUAUGGAAAAUAUUUCUAGCACCUUUCAUAUUGUGUCACCAAAAUUCCUGAUAAAAGGCUCUGUUGAAAAUGAACUUGAGCCGGCAGUAGAAAAGCUCAACCUAGUGUAUGGUGAUUUUGAGAAGGAAAAAAUAAGAAAUGAAGUUUACAGGUUGCGAAGACACGUAAGUGCAACUAAUACUUCAACGGAGGAAGCUGCUUUAUGGAGUGCGAAAAAAAUCUUUGAAUUCAUUAUUAGAUGGGACUUUACCGAAUCCCUACCCAACAUAUGUCUGAUACUUCAGUAUUUCCUUACAAUUAGUGUUUCAGUGGCGUCGUGCGAAAGAAGUUUUUCAAAACUUAAACUGAUCAAAAAUUAUUUACGAUCAACCAUGAGUGAAGAACGACUUGCUAGCUUGUCUAUUUUGUCGAUCGAAAGAAAAACGGCGUCGGUUUUGGAUUUUGAUGACGUAAUUAAUAAAUUUAGUGCGUUAAAAGCCAGAAAACAAAAUUUGAAAUGUUUGUAAUUCAUUUUAAUUACCUACUUACUUGUGUUAUUGCUUGUUGUUUAUUUCUAAAGAUGUAAAGCUAAGAAUAUUGAUUAAAAUUUUAGUUUCUAUUUGCAUUUGUUAAUUUAGUAAAUCUGAAGGGCGCCAGGGGGCCCAGAAUUAAAGAUC